AUCUGAGCGGAGUGGACCUUCCUAAAAGCAACACUGUCGUGUGUUGCUGCCCUCUACGUUCGUUGGUAUACACUAACCUCGCAUGUUGUGUGAGUGAUAAGUACCGUACCGUUUAUCCUUUCAUGCAAAGAUCAAGAGGAAUUAGCCCAGUUCCGCGGAGAAACUCGAAAAUGGCUGUCUGUGUUGCUGUCAUAGCUAAAGAGAAUUAUCCACUCUACAUACGUACGAUUCCAACAGAGAAUGAGCUGAAAUUUCAUUAUACUGUCCAUACAUGUCUAGAUGUGAUAGAAGAAAAGGUAUCAUCAGUGGGAAAGAGCAGCACUGACUUGAGAGAGCUCUACCUUGGGCUUCUUUAUCCCACAGAAGACUACAAGGUUUAUGGCUAUGUCACCAACACAAAAGUCAAGUUUGUCAUUGUGGUGGAAUCCUCGAACACGCAGAUGAGGGAUAAUGAAAUCAGGAAUAUGUUCAAGACGUUACACAAUGCUUACGUAGACAUGCUUUGCAAUCCAUUUUACACUCCAGGAGAAAAUGUCAAAUCAAGGGCAUUUGACAGCACUGUCAACCAGAUGAUGAAACAGGACUGAAGUGUGUGUUGAUCAGAAACACCCAUGGUGACUACAUCUUGUCCAGCAAGGAGCUUGAACAUUGAUGAUGCAAACGAUAUCCUCUCGUUACCUGAGAAAUCAGAAGAGAUCCAUAGAAACAUCAAAGACUCAAGGAAUAUUCUGGAAGCACCUGCAUAUUUAUACUCGGAAGUUAUCUACUGGUUCUACUUCUUCCCUUUCCAUGACUGGAGUGCUUCAGCCACAUCAGUGACCCAUACAGAAAUGCGAACAACAUGGCACUUCAGGACAGGAAUGAAGUUGACUGAACCAAACUACACUCAAAAGCUGGGUUUGUGGACUUUGUAUGCAGGGAUAGAGUUGAAGCCUGCCUCAAGGCCACAUUUUGCCGAGUCAAGUGUACAAAUUCUAUGGAAGAAAGGUCUUCAGUGGCCUUAUGACUCAUGAAAUCCUGGCCUCGACCCCAUCCCCGUUUGUGUGUUUCGUAAUAUUCAAAUGUGAUGAUACAAGUUGUGCAAUGCUUAGUUAUAUAAUGAAAAGGCAUUACAUGAACAUGUCUAUGAAGUUUUGCAGGACCUCAUGAAUGACUGAACAAUUUUCUUGCCAUCUUGAUAAACUAAUGACAGCUUUUUCUAAUCUCUUUCAAUUUGAAUAAAUUUAUGGCAAGUAGUAUACAAUGGCAAUAUCACUUAAGGACAUUCCACAGUUACAGUGUAUGUUUGUGCGCAUCAUGAUCUGUGCAUAUUUUACGCUAUGCGCAUUGACAUCGUAAUGGAUGAACAGGUGAUUAAUCAGCUAUAGGUACAACUAGGUAUCAACUGAUUUUUCACAUGAUCUACAUUCUAUCUGCACAUCCGAUGUGAUAUUUGUAAAGCUAAUUAGCGGAAUAUAAUCCAUGGACCAAUGUUUUUUUAAUACCACUACAAUUUCUGAAUACUUUACUCUGAAGCGCUGCAAAGUAUGACGGAAAUGACCUCGAGUUCAAAUAAAUGGUAGAUUGCUUUGGAAUUUUUCCUCACAUAGAAACAAAGCCUAAAUGGCACGUUUUUUGGUGUUUUAAAUAGCACACUUGCUCCAACAAAAGUGCUGAUAGUGUGAAAACAAGCACAUGAACCCCUAUUUUUUUAUGUUUACACCGCUUGAGUACACCUUCCACUACAAGCUUGCAAAUUUUUGUGAAAAUGACAUGGAUCUUGAAUAAAGUGCAGCAUUUAUUGUACUUCUCAGAUUUGUAAUAGAAAUUUCAACUGUUUGAGAUUAUGUUUUUGUCAUCUUUCACAUCAUUUGAAAGAAAUGAAGGUAAUACUAGCCAUAAAAGUGCAGACGAAUAGCAAUAUGAAUGAAUUCUCCAUCAUUAGUGUACAAUUCUGAACUAUACUGUAAAAUUUGAUGAAACUUAAAUGAAUUUUGACUUGCCUAAUAAAGGUUAACUUCAACGUAGUGAUCUCGUGGGGUUUAAAGAUAUCAAAUUCUAAUGAAUGCACAAUUCUCAAGAACUUCCAAUUGGAUGAACUUCAAAGCGCAAUAGCAAAAUAUCAAGCACUUGAACUCAUGGUCGUUCUUGCAUAUUUGAAAUAUUCGGGUUCUAAAGUAACUCUGUGAAAAAUUUGGUGAAAAUGACAUGGAUUUCAUUUUAACUGUGGAACGUCCUUAAUUUAAAACUUCAGCAUAUAUGAAAACAUUCACAAAUGUGAUCAAGGAAUCCAUUUGACUUGUCAUAUUUUGAUAAAUCAUAAAUUCAUGCCUAACUUAACAGCUUUAUGAAAUGGGCCUCUGGUAAUACUGGCCCUGUCUGGUGCAUGUUAUUAAUUAUUAUUGUAUAUAUUCACAACAAAUUAUCUUGGGUACCAGAACGAAUACAUUGAAUGAUUUUAGUGUAACUUAUGUGUACAAAAGAGUUAUGAUUUUUUUUUAUGUUACUGUCCAUUCUGAGUUCUUUUCAUUUCUAUGUGAGAUCUUCCUGUUCUCCUAGGGGAGUGAUUGUAUACCUCUCAACCAAUUUUUCUCCUUUAUAUCAGAUAUCUUCAAGUUCAGUGUUUGUAAGUCCUUCUCCCAAACUGUGCUAUAUGUGUCUGAAUACAUCUAGACUAAAUAAAUCAUGUUGCAUUGUAUUUGCUAAAGAUAGGCAGUGAUUUAUUAUAUGCCCAGGCUACAAACCAGUCUCAACAAGGAAUAUGGGGGGAAAAGUGGCACUUGUCUGAUAUAUUUUCUACAUCAUGGGCAAUUCAAUAAAAUAAUCAACCUUUUUGUACAUCCAACUGAACCCCCAUUUUUCUCAAGUUUUAAUUCACCUCAUAAACUGACCAAGUCAUGAUCAUUUGAGAGCAUUAAGGACUGUCAAAAGAACCAGAAAUCAGAGACAGAAUGUUUCAUGAAUGACCUACAAACAUCGGGUCGGACGUACAUAUUUAUGGAAUUGCCCGAAUAAAGUAUUUUAUCAUUUUAGUUUUAUAUCAAUUUUAGUUUGGUUGUUUACCUAUUCCAACUGACAAAGUCACUAUUCAUUUUAAGACAAAAUACAGUGGAAAAUAGUGGAAAGAGUGAUGCUCUAUUUCGAAAGUGUUGAAACUUGAAAAGUGCACUAAUACUAUUAAAAUAAUUCAAUAAUUUUAAUGUUUUAUCAAUUGUGCUUUGGACCAUUUAAAUAACACUAUCCACCGAGACAAAUAUUAGAAUAAUGGCAAGACAUACUCUACAUAUAUUUCCAGUUGAAAGUUACCUAUUCAAAUAAUUUCAAUAUUGAAUUGUACUUUGGUUGGAACCCGUGUCUGAGAUAUGAAAAGAAUCAUUUAGUUGUAUUUAAAACCUUAUGCAUACAUAAAAUGCGUAUGUAAAUCAAGCACAUAUUGGAGUCACAUUGCUACUUUUUUUAAAGUAAAUGAAGUGUCUGAAACUCUUUUGUCCAUGUUUCACAUAUUCUGUUGUAGACACUCAUCAAGUUAAAAUGUAAUUUAAACUGUUCAAGAAAUCUGAAAAUCAAGAUACUUUUGAAAAGAAAGUUCCAAGGCCAAUUGCUAUUCCCUACACAUUGACAUUAGUAUACUGUUGUAAGCUUUAAAAAAUUCAUCUUGGCAUGAAGUCGAUUAAAAAAAUGAAAAAUGGAAGAAAUUGGUAAAGAUUUAGCGGAAAUCCAUCAAAGAUAGAUAGAAUUAUGGAUUUUUAAGAUUUUGUUUUGAUGUCACACGUGAGCAGAACCCUCUGUUAUGUGAUUAUCAUUUGAAUUCCAGAAAAUUGAGAAUGAUUGUACUACAAGUGCAUUCAUUACAUCAACAGACAGUUCAUUUCGUUUUCACUUUUAAAGAAAAUAUUAGUCACUGUAAACCCUUAGAAAGUGGGAAUUAAUAAAUUAUGGAAUUUACAGUCCCAAAUGUAUAA